AUGGGGUCCAGGCCGGCUAAUCCUGUGCCCAACCCUGAUGAGAGUUCAUUAUCUCAUAUCAAGAGCCAAGAUAUGUUAGCUGACAAGGUUGUGGACCAAUGGGAUGACAGUGACACUGAAAACUCCUCUGGAAAUGCAUCAUAUCAAAUUGUUCCUUACAAGAAUGUCCAGGGAGAAAACAACUUACCUGUGCUGUCUAAAAAAAGAAAAUUCAUUAUCAGUACAUAUUCUGUGCAAUGUAGUACUUGCCAGAAAUGGAGAGUUGUACCAUCCAAACUGAAAUAUGAGCAAAUCCGAGAGAAUAUUAUACAAGUUCCUUUUUCUUGCAAAUAUGUCCAUGGGUGGAAGCCACAAGUUACAUGCCAUGAUCCAACUGAUAUAUCUGAGGAUAAUGGCAUGGCAUGGGAAAUUGCUAUCCCAUGCAUCCCUCAGACCCCUCUUGGGUACUAUAUCUCUCCCGCAGGCAUAAAAAUAAGAUCCAAGAAAGAGGUCGAAAGGUAUCUUGAAGACAACCCAGACUAUGCUGCCGAUUUACAUUUAUCUCAGUUUUCGUUCAAGGUACCUAAACCUCCAAAUUGCCCUCGUCAGUCAGAGCUUAUUGAACCAACUGAAGUGCCACCUCCGGUUCACGAGGAUCCCGUGCACAACUACAUGCCGGUCCCUCAUGGAGAAGCCAAUCCUGUAACUCACAUACCAGUGACACUAGCUCUACAAGUAUCAGUGAUGCUCUCCAAAAAGAGAAAACUAAACCAGUGA